GUCUGUGUGUGUGUGUGUGUGUGUGUGUGCGCAGAGCUUCCUCCUGUGUCCCGCUUGGUUACGUUCGCCCAGGACGGUGUGCUGUGGGUGGAGUGGAGCGGCCCUGCGGUAGAGGGUCCGCCGGUGGAGUACGUGCUGCAGUGGGUGUCUCUGCUGGACGGGGAGUGGGACUGGCAGAAGGAGCCACGCAACGCCACCAAGGCUUACGUCAAAGGCAACCUGCAGCCCUUCGUACCAUACAACGUGACCGUGGUCCCCAUCUACCAUCGGCGGUUCAGAGAGAUGCACCUCAGACUGCCUGGGAAACCGGAAACAGUCGCCACGUAUCUGAAGGAAGGGGUGCCGGACGAGGCUCCAACAGCAGUUGUGUCGAGGACGUGGAAGAACAGCGCGGAGCUGGUCUGGAAGGAGAUCCCUCUGGAGAAGCAGCGGGGGUUCAUCACCCACUACACCAUUAUCUAUGAGAGCAAAGGCGUGGCAGUCUCGGAACCCGUGGCUCCAUACGUGCACUCCCUCAUACUGAAGAACUUGACCAAGGAGACAAACUACAAGCUUCACAUCGUGGCCUGGACACAGGCCGGCUCAAGGAUGAGUGACUUCUUCCACAUGGUCACCCCAAAGUACGAUCCAGGGGAGAUUGAGAUGAUUGUGGUGUGCGUCUGCUUUGGCUUCCUCUUCCUCACCAUACUGACCAUAAGGCUUUGCUUCAAGAACAAAGAGACGCUCAAGAAGAAGUUCUGGCCCCAGGUUCCUGAUCCCUAUAACAGCACUGUGGCUAAAUGGUCCCCGGACCUAUCAGCCAGGGCCGGUACACCCAAAGAGACGACGCUGGGUGACCUGAGCGUGGUGGAGGUGGACGUGUUCGACCAGAAGUCCCUGUGUGACGAGGACAAGACGUCGCUGCCCGCGCUCAAGAAAGACAAGUACCUGUCGGAGGAGCACAGCAGCGGCAUCGGCGGCUCGUCGUGCAUGUCCUCGCCGCGCCAGAGCGUCUCCGACAGCGACGAGGCCGACUCGGGCCAGACCACGGCCAGCACCGUGCAGUACUCCUCCGUGGUGGGCUACAAGGGCCAGACGCCUGGGGGAGCCGCCUCCUCCUCCACCGCUGCCUCCUCUUCCUCAUCAUCCUCCUCCUCCUCCUCUACCGCCGCCGCCACCCCAGCCCCGGCGCACACCUUUGCCCGCUCGGAGUCCACCCAGCCCCUGCUGGACUGCGAGGAGCAGCAGGAAGGCAGUGGGCAGAGCGGGGCAGGCAGGGGCGGCUCCUUAUUCAGGAGGCCCCACGGAUUCGGUGACGCCGACGGCAGCGGUAGUCCGACGCAGCUGCACCCGUCGGAGCAGGACGAGCAGGACUCCCUGGAGUUCUGUCCGGUCGAGCAGCCGCAGCCGCAGCCGCAGCCGCAGCCGGCCGACACCCACCUCCCCCGCCCGUCGUAUAUGCCCCAACAGAGCGGCUACAGACCCCAGUGACCCCAACCUGACCCCCACCCACCCACCCACCCAUCAGACCCCGUCCCCUCCGUCAUUCCCCAUGCACGUGCCUUUGUUUUACUGACAGCCACAAAGAGACUUUUUUGCAAGUGCAACAGCAACAGCCAUGAACUGACAUCCAUUGUUUUAAUUUGUUUGUAAUUCAUACCCAAUCAUUGACAGCUGCAUUUUUGCACUUCAAUAGAAAGCAGCGUGUAAGCUUUUAGGGGCUGACAGACGAUCCUGAGUCAAAUGACAUUUCCUGGUCCUCUCCUUCACCCCCCCCCAACCCACUCUCUGUUACUGGGCCUCACGUCCUGUCCCCCCCCCCCAUAUCAAAACAGAAAGGGGCAAGAGAGAGCAGCGGUCUUCCAGUGUUUUCCACGGUGUCGGCGCUUAUGUCCUGACGAUUCACGUGUUGUGUUGUGUCUUUGUCUUGUAUACCUGUAUAGUUGUAUGUAUGUAUGCCUUGAGCCUAGCCAAGUGAUUGUCCAGCAGUGAUAGAGAAAGUAGACCAGUAUUCAUUAGGAUUUCAGUGAAGAUUUCCCCCCAGGAACUGUAGAAAGGUGAAGUAAAGGAUUUACUUUUGUGAAAUUUCUAAGAAAAGCAUGAGACUUGACACAAGGAGUGCAUUUACAUUUUAUUUUGCACACUAUUUUCGAGGCGUUUUCUAAUAUUAUGAACAAUACCAGAUGUCUAGGCUGAAUGAAACUAACACAUCACAUCAUGGGCAUCGUGCCAGCGGGCAUCAUGCCAGCGGGCACCAUGCCAACGCAAAUGGGUCUGACAUAUUAAGGAUGAUGUAUUUUUGCCCAAAGUUCACUUCAUGUACACUGAGAGGUGAAAUGGGUCUGACAUAUUAAUGAUGAUGUAUUUUUCAAGUGUACCUUAUUGUCUUUGCCUUUUUAUUAGCCUAACUUUUUGAGUGCAUUUUUAGCCAGCUUAUUAUGGUCAUUUGUUAAAUUCGAUGCUUUAGUUUGCACAUUUUAUUUUAUCCUACAUAGUCACAAGAGGUCAAAACCUUCUGUUGAAUUAUACUUCAAAAGUGAAUAAUGGUGAUAUACGUAUGCAGUAGGAGAGAUCUCACUAACCAAAGAUGGUGUACCAGCCAACACUGUGCUGUUUAUGGGACAGAACUGUUCAGAUUACCUGAAUGUUACUAUUUAGGACAAUUCCCAAGUCUGUUGCGAGGUAAGUCUGUUUUUCUACUGUGACCUUUGUUUUUGUGGUUUGUUGUCAAACAUGUGCCUGUUUUUUUCUUCUUCUUCAUCUUCUUCUUCUUCAUCUUCUUCUUCAUCAUACACUACAUGUAACAUGGAGUUACUGAAAGCAGACACUGCUCUCCCUCUGCAUGGCCUUGGACCAUGUGUCCGUCUGACAGGGCAUCCAUUAUAAACACUCACAGUGCUCAGCUGAAAUAAAAAUACAAAAUACACACAAA